GAAGGUAACCCCCUCUAUCUAACGCAGGUUGAAAACAAGAGUGAUCCAGGCAAAUAGUGGGAGACUUUUUCCUCUACACUUCCCCUUAAUCGAAGGAAGUCUACGUUGGAUACGAGUGUACGUUUGAAGAAACAUGUGAAUUCGUAUGUGAUGAUUCGUUGAAGUUGACAAAUAUUCCGUUCCCAGAACAUCGAAGUACCGCCCUGGUGAUUAAAUUGUAGGAUUGGGUGUGAAUGCUAACUUUCGUAAUAAACUGAUACAUCAGACAAUGUUCAAUGACAUUAAAACGCGUAAUUUUUGCUUUUCGAACUCCCCUUUCUUUGGUGUGUGUUAAUUGUUAAUUAUUAAGUUUUUUUUUUAUACAUGUUUUAAAGUGUGCUCAAAAGGAUUUGUUAUCGUUUGGAUUUUACAUCGGCUAUGGUUGUAGCCAGUGGUGGGUGGGUACAAAAUGCCAGUAUUCCUGCCAAUCAGAAUAAUUCCAACCUGAAUGUAAACACUGCGCAAAAUAACAAAAUGACAGCAAAAGGUAUCUUAAUUUGCCGUGACAAUUCUCAUCCUUUUCAAGAUCGUAUGUUGUCAUUAGAACAAGCUGUUAAAAUUGGUCGUUCCGUAGCACGUGCCAGAGCUACUCCGAACAAUGCAAUUUUUGAUUGUAAAGUAUUAUCUAGAAAUCAUGCGUUAUUAUGGUAUUCUGGUGGAAAGUUUUUUUUGCAAGAUACACGUAGUAGUAAUGGAACAUUUGUUAAUAAUCACAGACUCAGUCCGGCUGGUUUAGAAUCAGCACCUAAAGAAGUAUGUUCAGGCGAUAUAGUGCAAUUUGGAGUAGAUGUGGUAGAGAAUACAAAAAAAGUUACGCACGGAUGUAUAGUUGCAACAUUAAAAUUAUAUUUGCCAAAUGGGAUAGAGGCUAAAGCUAGUCUUAGUACAUCGGUCACAUCGCCGGUUAAUAACGUUUCCCUGGAGGAUUUAUACAAGUUAAAUCAAGUUAUGCAAGAAGCUUCUAGACGCGAGAAGGCGCUUCAUUAUAAGUUAGAAUACCUUCAACAGCUUGUAGAAAAAACUAGAAAAGCUGCUGAUCAGUCUUGGAAAGCGUUAAUAACAGAGGAUCGGUUAUUGUCUUGGGUAGAGACUAUCGAAAGUCAGUUGGCUGUAUAUUCUGAAAAUUACAAAGAGGAUGCUAUGAGAAGCGAAUUAGUGAAACUUCAGGAAGAAAAAGCACAAUACCAAAAUGCAGCAAAGGAGGCAUUGCAUAAAGUAUUUUUAGAAAAAUUAGAGGUAGCUGUAACGUUAUAUCAAACGCAAGCAUGUUUGAGUAAAACAGAAGGGGAGUGUCAAAGUUUGCAUAACGUAGCAAAAUUUGCUCAAAGCGAAUUGCAGGAAGUAUGUAGUAAAUAUACAGAAGCGCAAAAAAAGCUUCAAGAAACUAUGAACAAGCUGGAAGAGUGUGAGAAUAAAAUGAAGGAUACAGUACAAAAUAUGGAACAAGAAAAACGUGAACUUGUAAAAAAACUUGAACAUCAAGCUCAAAUUGAGAAAAAUUUGCAGGCAAGGUUACGUGAUUCUCGAUUAGAUUCUGUUAAUAUAUAUAAACAGAUCACUGCCCUAAAAAAUUACAUGCAAAUUUUACAAGACAUGAAUUCAAAAUUAGUAACAAGUAGCAUGAUGGAUUCAAAGGACGAAGACAAUCCUAUUAAUAUUAUCCUAAAUGAGUUGAAUUCGAUUCAUAUUGAUAACGCAGAGCUCGAUGCAGAAACUAAUCUUUAUCCUUUAAAGGAUGAACAAGAUAAUCAAAUUAAUUCACAAGAUAAUGAUUCGGUUCAGUUGAAAAAUUCUGAUCUUAUCUUUUCAAAAGAACAGUUGGAUGACUCGUUGAGUGAUAAUGAUAAUUUAACAGAAUAUAUUUUACUACCAUCCUCUCGAAGAACGUUGGUUAAUGGAAAUGGAAAUGGAAAUGGAAAUGUAAAUAUAAAUCUAGAUAAUUCAGAUAGCAAUUUAGAAUCUGAUACUAAUUCAGAUGCAACGGAUGAUACAUGCAGUAUUACUAGCGACGAUACAAGUGAAAAAUCUGUUAUAGAAGUUAAAAAAGAAGAAGAGGAAGAAGAAGAUGAUGAUGAAGAAGAAGCUGCUGAGACAAGAGAAAAAAUUUGUCUACCUUAUAUAUCGGAAGGUAAAUUUUCAUCCGAGGAAAGUGACAAACAAGCAGCUUUUCGUUAUUCCGAAAUUGUAGGAAAAUUAAUUGAAAGCGAAGUAACGGUUGAAAGAAGCGUCGAAAGUAUGAAUAACGUUAAGAUUUUGAGCGAACCCGUCUCAAAAACGAAAGAACUUCUUUCCGAAGGUGAGAAAAAAGGUGAAACUGAUAAGGAUGAUAACGAAUUGGAUGAAGAGCUCUCCUGUGAAGGAGAACAUUUGGAAGGAGAGUACGUUAAAACAUUGAAACCAUUGUCGAAAAAUGAUAGUAGUCAAAGUAUACAUACGAGAGAAUACGUAUUACAAACAUUAAUAGGCUCGUUGGAUUCCUUAAAGGCUGAAGAUGAUUUUGAAUCGCAACAAGUUAUUAAGAAAGAGUUGGAAUGCCUGAAGGAUUGGUUAAUCUGUGAACCUCACGAAGAUGUUAUCGGAAAAUUAAAAGAACUUUAUUAUCGUGCUAAAAACGAAGCUCAAAGGAUUCAAGAACUCCACGAAGAAUUAGUUAUCUUAAAAGAGAAAUAUAAUAUACUUAUCGAAGAAAAAACUGACCUCUCUAAAAAGUAUACAACCCUAAAAGCACAAUGUGGUGAUUUGUUAAAUACAACUUAUACAGUACCGAUACACUACGUAGCACCCAUUGUCAUUAUGUUAAUAUGGAUGCUGGUAGAAAAGUUUUUUUAAUCUUUCUUUCUCCUCUUUUUGUAUAUACCUUUUACGAUUAAUUAAUAUUGUAUUGUAAUUAAUAUUAAUAUUGUAUUUCUUUCUUUAUCGCUAGUUUGUUAAAAAGCUUCUGAGUAAACGGAAUAAAAGAAAUCGAGUGGUGUGUAAUUUCAACAAAUAAAUUUUUAUAUGGACAAAAUA